AUGAAGUUGAUCACUCACAAUAUUCUUAUGUGCAACAAGAAAGGAUGCACUACCAACAAUUUCCCACUCAAGCUUGUUGCUACCAACUGGAAAGAUCUAGAUACUGAAAAUGCCUAGCAAUACAAUCCAGCCCUUCUUCAAAGAUUAUGCGAGAAAAUUGAAUGGAAUGCACUAAGACAGACAGUAUCUACUUUGAAUUGGGGAGUUAACUUGCCAGAGUAAUUAUCUGCUGAAUUAGUUUAAGAUGAAGCUUUCCUUUAAGACCUGCAUCUCCUCCUAGUCAAGAGAUAAAUUGUAGAAGGUCAAAUGGUGUGCCCCAAUUGCGAAAGAGUCUAUGAAAUUAAAAAUGGAAUUCCUAAUAUGCUUCUUAGAGAGGAUGAGGUAUGA